GAGGAAGUCUAGUGAGAGAUCAAGACCAGCAAUACAUAGAAGAGAGAGAGACAUAGAGACGAGCAUUAAAUGGAUUAAAUAAGUGUGAUGUACACCAGUAUAUGGGACUAUAUAACUGACAUCGAAGUUAGUUGGGGAGAGGCGGCGGAAGGUUACCACGGCUAAGGGGAGCUGCGCGUCCUCCCCCCUCUCUCCCCCGGCAUAUACACACGGAGAGGAGCUCCAUGCAGCCGAGAGAGUGAGACGAGUGUCUAUUCAUCGAGGAUUUAAAUAGUUGUUUGGGAUAUUAGUUACCAGUUAUCAGUGUUGUGUGUCAUUUUAAAAGCCUAACCUACCGCUCAUUAAGUUUUAAUAGAAGAGAAGCCCAGCUAGCCAGGUAAUGAACUGCUAUCCUGGUUGGCAACUAACACAAAUGUUCAGCGACAGCUACUAGCCAACCGACAACUGGAGCUGCUGGAGGACCUAAAUCGGGGGUUUGCACAAAAGAGCCCUGACUUGAGAGACGGCCAGUGCCAAAAAGUGAGGCGAGAGAAAAGAAAGCCAUGCCCUCAGUGAUGGAGCGCUCUGGGUCAGGAGUAUUGUCCCGCAGCAGAGCCAAAACAGUCACCAAUGGCAACAGCCAGCACUCAGAGGAGGAGAGCAGUGACGAGGAACACUCACAUGACAGCAUGAUCCGCGUUGGCGCAGACUACCAGGCACAAAUCCCAGAGUACAAACCAGACUGCGAGUCUCGCUACAGUGACAAAGACCAGAGAAGUAUGCUUGUGUGGUCGCCCAACAGCCAGGUGUCUGAUGCCAUGUUGGAUGAAUACAUCCUGUUGGCCAAAGAGAAGCAUGGCUACAAUAUGGAACAGUCUCUAGGCAUGCUACUGUGGCACAAGCACGACGUGGAGAAGUCACUAGCUGAUUUGGCCAACUUCACACCUUUCCCAGAUGAGUGGACGGUGGAGGACAAGGUGCUGUUUGAGCAGGCCUUCAGCUUCCACGGCAAGAGCUUCCACCGCAUCCAGCAGAUGCUACCGGAUAAAUUAAUUUCUAGCUUGGUGAAGUAUUAUUACUCCUGGAAGAAGACGAGGACUCGCACCAGCGUCAUGGACCGCCAGGCCCGCAAACUAGUCAGCAAGAGAGAGAAGGAUGACAGUAAUGAUGAGAUGGAGGAAGGAGACCAUGGAAGUGACAGUGACUUUGAGAUCGACACAAAGAAAGAGGUCAAGCAGUCUUCUGGGCCUGGAGGUGGGAGUGACAGGGGCUCUGGGAGAUCAGGCCCGACACGCAAGGAGAACCAGGGUUCUCAGUACCGGCAUCACCCGCUAAGGGCACGCCGUAGACCCCCUAAGGGCAUGCACCUGGACCAGGAUGACAUCAUUACUAUCUCAGCCUCUACAGAGUCAGGGGCCAUCUCCAACCGACAGCUGGACACUCAGCUAGUGUCUCUGAAGAGACAGGUUCAAAGCAUCAAGCAAGCAAACAGCGUUCUCAAGCACAGCUUGGCAGAUGGCGUUGAUGCUGUGAGACCAACUGAGCCCACCCCCAAGAUUAACUCUCGCUGGACCACAGAGGAGCAGCUCCUGGCUGUACAGGCCAUCAGGCGCUACGGUAAAGACUUUGCAGCCAUAGCUGAUGUGAUUGGGAACAAGACUGUCGGUCAGGUGAGCUCAUUCUUUGUCAGCUACCGACGACGCUUCAACCUAGAGGAAGUGCUACGAGAGUGGCAAGCGGAACAGGACGUGCUCCGGGGAAGCAGCGAGACCAUGAAGGACCUGAACGGAACCACAGGAGUGGAAGAGGACGAGGCAAAGAUGGAUGGCAUCUCUCCUCCAGACUCAGGGAGUCCCUCUCCCUCUGAAACGGCCAGUAACCCCAACUCCAACCAGUCCUCUCCCCCUCUGACCCAACCCCCACCUUUACUGCGCCCUACUCCCCCCUCUGCGCCCCCAAGCCUGCUACGACAGCCUCCACCCCUGCAGACGCGGCCCCUGCAGAACCGCGCUCCGCACAACCAUCCCCCACCUCCACUCAUUAGACCUGCAGUGGCAUCAUCCCUCCACCAGGGUGGGCUGAGGAACUCUCCUGGAGCAUCAGGUGGCCAGCUGCCUCCUUCUCUGGUGGGCCUAAAGGUGGAGUCCCCGCACUCGCACUGAUCAGCAUAAACUGAAGUUGUCCUUUUGCAGUGAUCUGGGACCAGUGUCGAAUAUUAGGAUGUUGUUGGAAACUGAUUUUAGACCACUGUUAAAGGCCAACUUCUCCAAAGCGCUCCCAAUGAUGGGGAGAUGUUCAGGAGUGGCAAGAGGGGUUGAAAAUAGACAUACAUUCCUAUUCAGGCAGAUAAGAUGAGUCAGAGAUGGUGACAAACAUACAGACAGGUAGAAUGAGUCAGCAGUACUGCUUGAACAACACUGUAAGAAUCCGUUCUCCUUCCCCUGCAACAGUACAGAGAAUCCCCAUCAAACACCGGUACACACAACCAGAUAGCAGCCUCACUCAUUUAACACAGCAAAAAAAAAACCUCAGUCUCAACUUGCCAAAACAGACCACUAACCCAACAGCCCUCAGGUCAUAAGAAUAUACCUCAGUGUUCCCACUCAUCACCAUUUCCACAGUAACUGCAGGCAGAUCAACAGCCACAGCAACAACCUUUGACAAACAUGUAACAGGAAGCAUCACUGAUACUUGAACCAAAAAACCCUCUUCAGAACUUAUACACUGGAUCGUCAUGGUAAUUAAAUGGUUUGACAACUGAAUCGCAGGUUCCACCAACCCCCAUCUCCAUGGCAACAGCAGAACAUCUCAAACUGUGCAACACUAAAGACGCCACAUCGUGUUCCGGAGCGAAUCGGGUGUAAGGAAACUUGGAACGUGCAUCCUCACACUUCCGUUAAAGAGCCAUGUACUACUAGAAUCCAACUGAGUGAAGCCUUUUCUUCUGUUUCUAUGACUAGAUCCCUAAGAUAUUGGUAGGUAGAAAUUAUGUAGACGUAGUUGAUACCGAAGCACUAAAUGACCCAAAUACUUGACUUUUCUUGCAUACACUCUGAAAUACACUGAUUUUUGAAUUGACUGUCUUGCUCUUGAAGGCACAGAUGUAAGGCAUUGUAACACUAAAGAUGAUAGCUUGUGC